ACAUAACCUCAAGCAGAGAAAGCAAACCCUAGGGUUGGUGGAAUCGAAAUCGAGGGCUCCCUGUUCUGAAUGCUGAUGAUGACCGGAGGCGGGGAAUCAGGGUCAAUGGCGCCGGUGAUGAUGACCGGCGAUUCAUUAGAGUACAAGAAUCCGGCGACUGAACCCAAAUGGAAAGGUAAAACCCUUUACUUGACGUUUACGGAUACAUCGAUUCGGGCGAUUAAGGUUUUUGAAGAUAGGUACAAUAAUUUGGGGGAAACCCGCGUACCAGAGCCUGUUUGUAAGCUGGAUAUGCACAAUGAUUGUGCUUUGCCUGUUGGAAUGGGCCUCUUCAAGCUUAAUAAGAAGGUUUAUUUCGUCGGCGGAGAAACUACAUCUCUGAAAGACCCUUUCAUAACAGAUCGUUUCAUGCGCGCCGAGGCCUCUAAAUUCUUUCAAUCAAGUGACAAAGUCUAUGAAUUUGAUCCUUCAGAUCUGCCUAACAACAACACCUGCUUCCGCGAGAUCCCUGAUUACUGCCUGCCGAUCCCUACGCCACAACCGAUUGUUGCAAACAUCCGGGGGAAAGUAUACGUGCUUAGUGGAGAUCAUAUCUCUGGGAAACCUGGAUGCCCAGAGAAACCUGAAGUAUCCUUCCAGGUUAUGGAAUUCAAUCCUCUUUCGAAAUCGUAUCAUUGGAAGACACUUCCUCUUCCUCACUCCUACAUUGAAGACUACACAUUCUUUGGACAUCGGACGCUCAACAUUGGUGUCAUCGGCCACAGGCUGUUUAUUGCUCAGCAUCCUAUGGGUCGUGGCAAGCUUCUUCAUAUCUUUGAUGCCCAUACACAAAGCUGGGAGUCUCGCGAAGACGGCUUCUGGCUCUUCCCUCCGCCAGCCAUGACGUUGUCAAGUUUGCUAACCAGCAGUGGCCCCUAUCACAAGAAGACCAAAAUAAGUGAUAUCGGCCAGGGAAAGAAGGAUAGUUAUUUCAUCGUCCUUGGUACCGAAUGUCAUUUUGAUAGGUAUGAUCGUGUCUUUGCCGCAGUGGUUGAUUUUGACGGAGUUAUGUCCCAUUUGCAAUAUCUACGGGAUCCUUUACCGGCUGGAUUUCGCCCACUUGGUGACUGCAAAGUGAUUGACCUGUUGGAGGAGGAUGAGCAGGACGACGAUGGGCAUUUGAGCAGCAUAUUCUGUGUGGUGUAUAUAUCCUGCGAUUCUGACCAGCUGGCUUUGUCAGUUUUCAGAGUGUCUUUGUUAUCUCCAAUGGUGGUCGCGACACCAACAGACGAGUCCCCGUACUUGUCCCGACAAGAUAAAGGGGAUGAUGAAUCCAGAGGAGGUGACUCCUUGCAUGUUGAAAUUCUGGAAAAACGUUACUAUGCACUGGAUGACGCCUACCCUGAUGAACUUUCUGAUGCCUUCUUCCUCUAGUUCAUUUGAUGGACUGCAAUCCGUUUGACAUUUUCAGGAGAAGGAGCAGAUCAAGAUACUAGUGAUUUUGACUUCUGAUAUGACUUCUGAUUCGGGAGAACCUUGUGAUACAAGGCAAUGCGGUUUUAUUAGCAAUGUGACAGCAUGUUAUUUACCCGGCUCCUGGUUCUUCUUUAUACUUCAGUGGCAAGUGAUGAUUGUAUAGUAUAUGAUUCUUCGCUGAGUGUGGAAGGAAACCACAAUCAGAUCAACGGCGAGAACCAUCCACUUGAAAUGCACUGUUUAAUACUCGUGAAUCGACUGUGUUUUGAGAUCAGUUUGUCAACCUGCAAGUGGGCAGUCAGGUGCAGAAUGGCAAGCAGAGCAGACCACCCAAGUUUUACCUAUUGAGAUGAACAUAGUAAACUUUUAAGAGUUCGUUUGAUCUAUGGAUUGCUGUGAUAGACAUUCUGUAGGCUCUAGUAGGCAUGGAAAUGUGAAGAUUGGUCAUAGGGUAGGUAUAGUUUUAAUCGAGUUCCACAAAACACUAAAGAUACUCAAUCUGAAGCGUAAGCAUCUAUCCGGGAGUAGCCAGGGCGGAUUGACUUGCUCUUAGAGGGAGUUUUAGAUAGAGAUAAGUUUUCUUUAAGGAAUUUGUUUGUCAAACCCUAGAGACAUCUCCCCACAAAACUUUUUAUUAUUAUUGCUUUGGCUGCAAGUCUCUUUACCGGGAAAAGAUUUGUAUGGUCGAUAAUUGUGAAUUGUGAUUAAGGCAAAAGCCAAUAGUGUGUGGACAAGCAAAGUCAAAGGCUUUGUUUGAUUGUGGAGUAAAGAGAGAAAGGAG